AAAUAUAACGUAAAAUCCCCAAUCUUCUUCGUCACUUCCAACUUCAUCAUCAUUCUAAAGCCUUCUGGAAAAUAAAUAAAUCAAAAAUAUGAAUCAAGCCGAGUUGAUCGAACUGCUUCCGGGUCUCCCCGAGGACAUAGCCCUCGAGUGUUUGACCCGGUUGCACUAUUCAACUCAUCAUAUUGCAUCUCGUGUUUGUCGGAGAUGGAACCGAAUAUUACAGAGUAAGUCGUUUUAUUACCAUCGUAAACAAACGGGGUUUACACAUAAAGCUGCUUGUUUAGUACAAGCACUUCCCGCCCCUUCUGAGCGUAAACAGAUGGGGCAACCGAGAUAUGCUAUCUCGGUUUUUGAUUCGGUAACCCAUACUUGGGAUCGGGUCAACCCGAUCCCAAAGUAUGCAGAUGGGUUACCGAUGUUUUGUCAGAUAGGAAGUACUGAGGGAAAACUUAUUGUUAUGGGUGGAUGGAAUCCAACAACAUGGGAUCCAAUUAAGGACGUGUUUGUUUACGAUUUCAUGACAUGUUUAUGGAAAAAAUGCAAGGAUAUGCCUGAACCUCGAUCGUUUUUCGCGAUGGGAGCGUGUGGAGGACGCGUAUUCAUCGCGGGUGGACACGAUGAGAGCAAAAAUGCGAUGCGUACGGCGUGGGUUUUCGAUAUCGAGUUAAAUGAGUGGACGGAAUUGCCUGGUAUGAGUGAGGAGAGAGAUGAAUGUGAAGGCGUAAUAAUCGGGUCGGAUUUCUGUGUCGUAAGUGGCUACGACACGGAAACCCAAGGCCGAUUUAAGAGCAGUGCUGAGCUCUACGAGCUCUCCACGGGACAGUGGAGACGGGUUGAGGAUGCAUGGGGUUCGAGUCAAUGUCCUAGGGCAUGUGUAGGGGUGGGUAAAAAUGGAAAUUUGAAAUGUUGGGGAGAGUCCGACCCGAAUGUUAAAGUCGGAGCAUGCGGUGUGGAUCUUGGUGAUGGGACCUUGGUUACCGGGUCGGUUUAUCAAGGGGCCCCACAUGGGUUCUUCUUAGUAAAUAACAACAAAAAGGAUGGGCAAAAUAGUAAAUUGACAAAGAUUGAUGUUCCUGAUGAAUUUUCUGGAUUUGUGCAAUCUGGAUGCUGUGUGGAGAUCUGAAAUUUUGGAUUAUAUUAUUGUAAGUAUUUAUGUAAAAUUAGAAAAAAGAAAAAAAUAGGGCCCCACUUGAGUCUUUAGAGCGGAAUGGUUGGGAUCCCUCUAUCUUUAUCUUGAGUAUCCGAAAUGAAAGGAUUUUGCUGAAAGCUUCACCUCCAGAAUCGGGCUCUACAAUGCAAGUAUAGUCGGGCGUCAAUGUGGAUAUCAGACACCGGGUGAGAAAAGAAAGUACCGAGCUUUUAAACAUAGUAAUUUUUUUUUUUUUUACAAAGUAAAACUAUGUUUGGAGUAUCUAGUAUGGUAUUGUAAGUAAAUAUAGAAGCAAUAUUACUAUAUUAGUAACUAUUAGUAGUACAAAUUUUCUCUUUGUAUGUUACUUUAUGUACUCUUUUUCCACUUUAAAAAUUGUCAAUUUGAGUAAUGGUAAUUUUCUUUUGUUUAA